AGAGAGAGAGGCAUGCACAUACACAGACACUGCUUUUCAUUAGUUGGAUGCUACUCCUCACUAGCUGUGACUUAAAUAGAUCUAUUGUUUCCUAAUGCAGUUGUGUGAAGAGUGCUAUGCAUGUUUACCUAGUGCAUUUUAUUUUACAUUCGUUAAUGUUAUCUUUGUGUACAGUUAUGCUAAGUGUAGUCAGUAAUUGCUUUCUGAGAAUAUCUUUUUUUUUGUAGCUGUGCGUGAUAAUGUUUUCUAAAUGAAUGUAUUUACUGCAUAAGACAAAACUGAAUGACUUGCGUGCAUUUAAAGAGACACUUGGAUGACUUAAUAAUAUGGCAAAUGCAGACUAAUACCUUUAAUAAGCAUUUUAAUUUAUUUAGUAAUGCACGUUUAAAUGAGCAAAAUAUUUAUUUUAUGUGCACAGGGAUUUGUAUAAUGAGUCGACGGAGGAUAUCAUGUAAAGAGCUGGGACUACCGGAUUGCCAGGGGUGGCUCUACAAGAAAAAGGAGAAAGGAGCUUUUAUUGGCAACAAAUGGAAAAAGUUCUGGUUUGUGCUGAAAGGGUCAUCGUUAUAUUGGUACAGCAGCCAACUGGCAGAGAAAGCGGAAGGAUUCAUCAAUCUGCCAGAUUUCAGUGUGGACCGAGCAACUGAAUGCAAAAAAAAGCAUGCUAUUAAGAUCAACCACCCACAGAUCAAGACAUUUUAUUUUGCAGCGGAGAAUGUGGUGGACAUGAACAUGUGGCUAAAUAAACUGGGACUGGCUGUGAUUCCUCAGGCAUCCAGUGGAAAGAAUGAAGAAGAAUGCUAUAGUGAGAGUGAACAUGAUGAUCCAGAAAUAACAGAAACACCACCUCCACCAUAUACAGCACAGCCACUGCCUCCUCAUUCGGCUCAGCAACAGCCUUCCUUGGCCUCCUCACUGUCUAGUGAAGCAUCCUGUUCUCUUUCCUCCCUGGAAAGCACCGUGAAGUCGCAAGAAUCCUCUUCUUCCUUGGUGUCUAAAGUAAUUUAUCCAGAAAGGCAGUCCUGGCUUGACAUAGUUAACAGCUCUCCUGCCACAGAAGAGGUUGAUCAGCCCUUAACUUUCUCUGUUCAGAAUCACACUGGUGAACAGCCACAGAUGAACUGUAGUGAAUCAGUCGAAAGCGAGCAGAUCAAGCCUGAUACUGCAUCUUACGACGCUUUGCUAGGUGAAGGCACAACUUGCUUAACUGUGCCAGAUCUAAUAGGAAUGAAGACACUAGCCAAAGAUCGGGCAAAAUGCUGUGACAAUGAUGAAAUGGAGCGACUUUACAAAUCAUUAGAACAAGCAAGUUUGUCACCUAUUGGAGACCGUCGUCCUUCAACCAAAAAAGAACUUAGAAAGUCCUUCAUCAAAAGAAGCAAAAACCCCUGCAUUAAUGAGAAACUUCACAAAAUACGGGUGCUGAAUAGUACGUUAAAGUGUAAAGAACAUGACUUGGCCAUGAUUAACCAGCUGCUGGAAGAUCCCGAGUUGACAGCAGAGAAAUACAGAAAGUGGAGGAACACAAACAAUAUGUUGGUCCAAGAUAUCUAUCAGCAGCAGGAAGUCCUGUAUUUGCCAGAGGAGAAUAGGAAAGAGGAAGAGAUGAACCCACCACCUUUCAUUGGGAACUCUCUCUGAGGAAUUGCACGUGCAGCACAUGACAAGAUUUCUCCCCAUCUCUCUUCAUUUAGUGAGACUUUAAAUUUGCUAUACUUUCAGGUUUUGUUUUAUCAAGUGCUUAUGUCAUUCUUUGGAAAAGAAAACAACUCAUUCUUCAAAGCAUUCCCAGGUAUUAAAUAAAACAAAACAAACCCAAACCAAACCCUACUGGGGUGCACACCUGAGAAGAAUGCUGCAUGAAGCAGAAAAGAAAUGGAGUUACAUUCCAGAAUGGCUAACUUUUCAGAAGACUCAAACUGAGCCUGGAAUACCUGGAAGUCACAGAAAAAUGUACAUAUUAUAGAUAUUAAAUACUUGGGGUAAUUGUACCCACCUAAUCUAUUGAUUAAAGAAUUUUAUUAAGUUAUAAUAAUCUGAACAGUACUGUAUAUACUCCUCUAUUACUACAUCUUGGGUCUUCAAGAUAUAACUACAAAUAAGUUGUACUUUCACUUCUACCUACACUCAUUUUGAAUGCAUUUCAAUUUUAAACAGAGAUUUCUGUUCUCUUAUUUCUAUUUCAGACCAUCUUCAGGCACAGAGUCCAUGUUCUGCUUGACACCAUAAAUAUUUUGUGUGGGCAGACAAGGCCAAGAAUUGUUUCCUGUGCUAUCUGGAAAGGUUCUUUUAAUGUGUUUCAGUGGCAAAUAAACUGCUCAGCAGUGUAGAAACCC